GUGGACGCGAAAUUAAUGCGAGUUAGCGAAAGCGAGUCCCUUAGAGUUUAAAUUUUAUUUUAAGAGCAUAAUAUAUAAAAAAAUAGUUCUCCACGUGUUUGAACGCACCAUUUCCGAAAUCAUUGCCAUUACCAUUUUUCUUCUAUGUCACAAAUGAUUUCGGCCAACAAAUUUGCACUUUAAGUUAGUGCCGCAUAUAUGACAGAUCCACACGACCGUGUUAACGACUAAAACAACAUGAGCCGCCAGCAACGGCACCACCAGCAGCAGCAACAGUUGCUGACAACGCAGCAGCAACAACAGCAGGCGUUGCUCAUGGCCGAGCAUGCGGCCGCUGCGGAGGCGGCCGAACUCUUCGAUCUGCUAUGCGUGGCGACGACAAUGCGGCAGAUACUGGCCCUACAUCGUGCUAUGUGUGAUGCAGUGGGACUGCGUCCGUCGCCGCUCAACGAUUUCUAUCCAAAGCUGAAGGCCAAAGUGCGUUCGUGGAAGGCGCAGGCACUGUGGAAGAAAUUCGAUGCCCGUGCAGCACAUCGUGUCUAUGGCAAAGCUAAUGCCUGCGCUGGAACACGCGUCCUGGUCAUUGGUGCCGGACCCUGCGGCCUGCGCACAGCCAUUGAGGCGCAAUUGCUAGGUGCUAAGGUGGUGGUGCUGGAAAAACGCGAUCGCAUCACGCGCAACAAUGUGUUGCACCUGUGGCCAUUUGUGAUAACAGAUUUGCGAAAUCUUGGCGCAAAGAAGUUCUAUGGAAAGUUCUGUGCUGGUUCGAUUGAUCACAUUUCCAUCAGGCAGCUUCAGUGUAUGCUGCUGAAGGUGGCGUUACUUCUAGGGGUCGAGAUACACGAGGGCGUCUCAUUCGAGCAUGCAAUUGAGCCCAGCGGCGAUGGCAGUGGCUGGAAAGCUGCAGUUACGCCAACCGAUCAUGCUGUCUCGCACUAUGAGUUCGAUGUGCUUGUCGGCGCCGAUGGAAAGCGAAACAUGCUGGACUUUCGACGCAAAGAGUUUCGCGGCAAGUUGGCCAUCGCUAUCACAGCCAACUUUAUAAACAAGAAAACCGAGGCGGAGGCUAAGGUGGAGGAAAUAAGUGGCGUGGCGUUCAUUUUCAAUCAGGCCUUUUUCAAGGAGCUCUAUGGCAGAACGGGCAUUGAUUUAGAGAACAUUGUGUACUACAAAGAUGAGACGCAUUAUUUCGUCAUGACGGCUAAGAAGCACAGCCUUAUCGAUAAGGGAGUCAUCAUCGAGGAUAUGGCGGACCCUGCAGAGUUGUUGGCGCCUGCCAAUGUGGACACCCAAAAACUGCAUGACUAUGCGCGCGAAGCAGCUGAGUUCUCUACCAAGUAUCAGAUGCUUAAUCUUGAAUUUGCAGUCAAUCACUAUGGCAAGCCAGAUGUAGCCAUGUUUGACUUUACAUCUAUGUUUGCUGCUGAAAUGUCCUGCCGCGUGCUUGUGCGAAAGGGCUGUCGUCUACUGCAGUGCUUGGUGGGCGACAGUUUAUUGGAACCCUUCUGGCCCACGGGAUCGGGCUGCGCCCGCGGUUUUCUGAGUAGUAUGGAUGCGGCUUAUGCUAUAAAACUGUGGGCUAAUCCACAGAACAGUGCCCUCGGUGUUUUGGCCCAGCGCGAGAGUAUCUACCGGCUUCUAAAUCAAACAACACCAGAUACAUUACAACGUGAUAUUAGCGCCUAUACCGUAGACCCGGCAACACGCUAUCCGAACCUCAAUCGCGAGUCGGUAAACAGCUGGCAAGUUAAGCAUUUGAUUGAUACCGAUGAUCCAGCAAUACUGGAGCAGACUUUUAUGGACACGCAUGCGCUACACGCACCGCAUGUUGAAACGCCAGGACGCCGCAAGCGGCGAAGUGGUGACUCUCUGCCACAAGGUGCUACGUUAUUACGUUGGAUUAGUGCGCAACUCCAUGCCCAUCGCUUUGUCCCUGAACUCAAAGAGCCUUCAGAUAUAUUCAGGAAUGGAAGAGUACUAUGCGCCCUCAUUAAUCGAUACCGACCCGAUCUUGUCGAUUUGGCAGGAGUCAAAGACAUGAGCCCGUUGGAGUGCAAUGAGUUGGCUUUCGGCGUGUUGGACCGUGAACUGCACAUUGAUCGCGUUAUGACUGCCAAACAGUCGUUAGAGUUGACGGAUGUCGAGUCACGCGUGUGGUUGCAGUAUCUGGACCAGAUCUGCGAACUGUUUCGUGGUGAAAUACCGCACAUCAAGCAUCCCAAGAUGGAUUUCAGCGAUCUUCGGCAAAAGUACCGCAUCAAUCACGCUCAUGCCCAGCCAGACUUCUCCAAGCUGUUGCACACGAAGCCAAAGGCCAAGUCACCCAUGCAGGAUGCCGUUGAUGUACCUAUAACUGUACAGCGACGCUCGGUGCUGGACGAUGAACGAGUCAAGCGUCAGCGGCGCCACGAGCAGUUGAUGAACACCAAUGUGGCGGGAACAAACGCUGCUAGCACCGGCGCUGGCGCAAUCGGCACAAAUGUGCAACAGGCUCAAAAUGAAACGCCACGACGAUCGAAGAAACGUCGCCAAGCUGACAAAUCGACCAACAUUGAGGAGCGUCAGCAGCGUUUGAAAGAGAUCGAGGAGAAUCGUCAAGAGCGCAUGAGCAAGCGGCGCCAGGCGCGUUAUCAUCAAACGCAGAAUUUCUACAAAAGCCUGCAGAUGCUGCAAGCCGGUAAUUUGCUGCGCGAGGGAGCUGCCGAAGAUGGUACUCCCUUUGAGGAUUACUCGAUAUUCCUUUAUCGCCAGCAGGCGCCCGUCUUUAAUGAUCGCGUUAAGGAGCUCGAACGCAAACUGCUGUUUCCCGAUCGCGAACGCGGCGACAUUCCUUCAGCGAUGCCGCGUAACGGUGCUGACGAGCAAUUCAGCGACCGCAUCAAGGAUAUGGAACAGCGUAUGCAGGGCCGUGGUGGUCUAAGCAGUGAUAAGAAACCCAAAGAUUUAAUGCGCGCCAUUGGCAAAAUCGAUUCGAGUGAUUGGAACGUACGCGAGAUUGAGAAAAAGAUUGAACAGUCUAAAAAGACGGAAAUACACGGUCCGAAGGGUCGUGAAAAAGUACCCAAGUGGAGCAAGGAACAAUUCCAAGCACGUCAACACAAAAUGUCCAAGCCGCAGCGUCAAGACUCACGUGAGGCUGAAAAGUUUAAGGAAAUCGAUGAAACUCUGAAAGUUUUGGACAAGCAGCUUAAAGAGGGACACAAUCUGGACGUAGGUGAACGUGGACGCAACAAAGUGGCAUCCAUAGCAGGCCAAUUUGGGAAAAAGGAUGAACCAAAUUCGGAUGAAAAAAAUGCGACUAGUGGCAAUACGAACACCAACACUACUGUCAUACCUAAAUCUAGCUCAAAGGUGGCGCUGGCCUUCAAGAAACAGGCCGCCUCCGAAAAGUGCCGCUUCUGCAAACAAACUGUCUACCUCAUGGAGAAGACAACCGUUGAAGGUCUGGUUCUGCAUCGUAAUUGCCUCAAAUGUCAUCACUGCCAUACGAGUUUGCGCAUGGGCGGAUAUGCCUUCGAUCGUGACGAUCCCCAGGGACGAUUUUAUUGUACUCAACACUUCCGCCUACCGCCCAAACCGCUGCCGCAGCGUGUCAACAAAGCACGUAAAUCGACCACGUCUCAAGCCACUCCUGUUGCAACACAACCCGCAACCGUGGCCCCGGACACCAUCGAGCCUAUGGAUACUACAGUACCUGCAGAUCAAGUUGAUGUGCAUCAAUCCUCACGCACCUCCGGCGCCCCUAUGUCUGCUUCCGGCUCUGUCGAUGCCAAGUCCGACGAUGAGGCAGAAAUUAUUGACGAGCACGAGUGGUCUGGUCGAAACUUCUUACCUGAAUCCAAUAAUGAUUCCGAGUCGGAUUUGUCGAGCUCGGAUGAGUCGGACACAGAAUCCGAAUCGGAACUUUUUGAAGAAGCGGACGAUUCACCAUUUGGUGCACAAACGCUCCAGUUGGCGACCGAUUGGAUAGGGAAGCAAAACUAUGAAAAUAGUGAUGACUCAGAUGAUUUCUACGAUUCGAGUGAGGGAAUUGCAGACGACGGCAAGGACGAUACCGAAGGCGAAGAGUUUAAGAAAGCGCGAGAACUUCGCCGCGAGGAAGUGCGUCUACGUCCACUUCCAGCCAAUUUACCAACAGACACGGAAACGGAGAAACUAAAUGUUUUAGAAAACAAAGAAAAUGUUGAAGAUGUAAACAAGUCAACGCGGAGCUCACUUAACUCUUCCAAGUCUUUUGAGUCGGCCCACAGCCAGCCCGCUACGCCUCUUGCUCCUGGUCCUACACGUGUUGAAUUGGAGCAGCUCGAACGAAAUGCACCUCGGAAAAUUAGCAGCGAAAUUGAAGCCAUCAGCGAAAAAUUGUAUCAUCUUAAUAACAUGGUGAAGAUGAACAAGGAUCUAGAAAUACUAGCUAAGGAGAAUCUAGUGAAAAGCGACAUAUUGCGCAAACUAACGCUCAAAGAGAAAUGGCUAGCUGAAAAUGCUGCCAUUGCUGCAAAGAAUCAAUUGCCGAGUCCUGUUUCUUCAACGCCAAAAUCCAAAUUCGAUGAGAAAUACGAAAAAGUUGUAAGCCCACUCUCUUCGACACUUGAGUCGAAACCUAAACCAAUUAUUGACUUUAAUUUGGACGAGCUAAAGCCUCGUUCGCCUAAUUUUAAUGAAAGCCCAAAGGAAGUUUUAAAAAAAUCAAUGCCCACUUCCGUUCUGAAGCAAACACAGCUGAGUCCCAAAGAAGAACGCAAGAGCGGUCAAGUUAGUCGUUCAAAUAGUUUUAAAAGUAAUGCCAGCUCAAAUAGUUCACGUGGGAGUAAACUGCAAAUUGGGAAUAUCGCGCACCAACAGAGCAUAGAGUCUAGCGAUAAUCCAGAUUACGAUGUCAAAUCAACUCGUUCCUCACCGCUGCCAAAUAUUCGUAUGAGCACUAAGCUUAAGGAGAUUGAGGCCACAAGUUUUGCCGGUACCAUGGACCACAUCAAAUCACAGCUGGUCAUGCCCACUGUGAGUGCUCAGGCAGCACCUAGUGUUGAUCUCACCAAGUACUUUCCUAAUCAAAAGCAGGAAAAAUGUAGUGCGGCCAAUAUCAACAAGAAUCAGAAAACCCUAAAAGAUGUUGAUCUGGCCAAAUAUUUCCCCACUAGUCCAGCGCCGCAACGACGCACAGUGGAAACGGUGGCCGAUCGCCUAAAAAGGUCACAAACAGAACAGUGCGUUCCGCCAAAUAAGGCUACUACCAAAUCAAAGACUACACCUAGUAAGCCAGCUGCAACUCAACGUCAAAAAUCUCUUGAAGCCUUUAGCUUGCGUGAGCAUCAGUUAGAUGGUGCUUUGGAUUUAAGCAAAAAAAAGACUCCGGUCAAGGAAACAAUAAUAGAGCCAGGCGGAAAGAAGUCCAGCAAAGAUAUUUUAACAACAAAAAAGGCACCAAUCAAGGCGUCUAAUACAACUACGUUAGCCAAGGCUUCAACCACUGGAAAAGGUAAGAUCAAAAUUGUGAAGAAGAUUGUGCCAAAAGGAAACAAAACCAAAAAGGCAGCUGCUGGAGCGACCAAAACCAUUCAAAAGGAUACAACGGUUACAGUUCCACCAGCCCUUGAAGAAUCCGAACGUAUACUUAACGAGAUACUUGGCGAUGGUGAAGUGCGCUCCCCCAGCUCUGAAUAUCAAAAACUUUUCUAUGGCGAAAAGUCGCCUAGCGAUGUUUCUGAUAAAAUCGAACGUAUACUUGAGGAGACUGGACUUGGGAUGGAGCUUGGGCUCCCACGGCGUGACCCGAACAAAAAGUUGCAGAAGACCAAGUCAUUGGGCGAGGGUGAAUUUGAUUUAAAGCCUCGAAGCGAAGCGAAAUUUUGUAAGGAGUCUGGCGAUCGGCCCAGUGGAGUGCAAAACAUACUAAAACGCUUUGAAUCUAUGAGCUCGGUAAAAUCGGGCGAAACGGAGUCUUUUAAACUUCGUCGCAUGGAGUCCAACACAAGUAAUUUAAGCAGCCUUAAUCGGUCGUGUGAAUCUCUGGCCUCGCAAUCUGGUGAUUCUAUGAGUGACCUGGAGAAAACAAUGGACUAUUUGCGUAAUGAGUGGCGCAAUGAGGCAACAAAUUUUCUGCAAAAGAAAAGGAACAGGUUCUAUGCACAGCAGGAAGAAAAGAAGGAAAAGGAUAUGACACAAAACACCUUGCCCGUGCAGUAUCGUGAUUCGAAAAUAGCGAAGUUUUUUGGUGUCACGACAUGCAAAUCACAAGAUAAGUGCAAGUCCCAGAUUAAUAAGAAAAAGUCACCUACCAAAACAGUGCGGGCGCCUAAAGUAAACAGCUCACUAGAGGAGCUAGCACAAAUAAGCAGCUCACGGCAAGCUAAUCGUGAGAAAAAACCACAUAAAGUUUCUGAUAUAAUCAGCCGGUCUGAUAAUGAUCUAAAGCCGGAAAUGCGUGUAGUAGAACCGGUGUCUCCAGUACCGGAUGACUUUGAGAUCUUGGAUUUGCUUGAUAAGGGCACUGCGGCGAAGCAGCAGCUACAAAGUGCAAAUACUAGAGCUCCAGCAGCAGAAGCAGUAACAGCUAAUGAACCUCUUCCUAUUAAAGGCACUCUUCUAGACCCUCUUCCUUCACGUCCUGUGUUAGAAGAUAUUAAAAAUCUUCCGAAGACAGGAUGCGACAAGUCGUUGAGCAAUUCUCGCCGUAGCUCCCAGUCUAGUAUUAAUACUACACGACGACUGUCAGAUAUUUCACUUACAGAAAAGUUAAAUCAAGAAGCACUUUUGGCUCUUAGUUGCCUUGAAAACGAAUCAGCCGUUGAAGAAAAGCAUGUGGAUGAACUCUUUCAAAAUAUGGUCGAAGAAAUGGAAGAAAUUCAAUAUUCUAACGAUACAGGGCACCCGGAAGAAGACUUAGACGACUCUUUAUGUACGACUAUUAGCAAGAGUCCUAGCGCGCAACCGGUGACUGUUGUAAAACGUGGGAGCUCCGAAGAGCAGAGUAUUGAAAACUUGUUCGGGAACUUUACCGAUGAGAUGCUGGUGCAAGUUGAAUUCGAUUCAAAUGAUGAAUUAGUGGGCAUUACACCACGUGUCGCUUUAACUACUACAUCCUCAGAUCGUGACUACGUUGAAAAAUUGGAAUCAUUAGAGCGCGAUGAGGUACCCACAAACAGCACUUUUGGGCACAAAUGUUAUGACGAAGAAGACGAAACUCACUUUCCCUCACGUCCGCAACGCAGAGAAAAAAGUAGCUCCUCCUCUUGUGAACCGACAGGUCCAAUUGUACCCCUGCGAAUAAAGAAGAAGCUGGCCAAAUUAUGUCCAGAGGAUAUGCCACCUUCGGUGCAAGACUUACUGCAAAAAGUAUACGUUAAAAACGUUAAGCCCCAACACAUAGAUGUAUUGCCAGUGAAGUCAGAGGAAGCGUUGAAAUUUCCUCGCCUGAACGAAGACGAAGAUGUAGUUGAUCAUAAUAUUAACAAUCCAGUACUUCACCUAGAGACUGGUUUCAAUAGAAUAGAGCAGAAUCAAGUGGAACCUGUUAACAACGAUGUAAAGGUAGUGGAAAAUGAUAAAACGGUUUGUUCAGUGCCUAACAUACAUACCACAUCCAACAUUUCGCCAUCGAGCCAGCAGAACUUCAACAAUGUAGAUCAUCAAAUCCUUCAAGAAACAUCUCUUGAACGGGGUAUAGAAAAGAUCACGACUUCGCCGAUGCCGAUUCGCGUUCACCCACCUAAUCAACCCAGCAAAGAAAGCUCUUUGGAAUGGGACAUGGAAAAGAUGCCAAAUAGUCCAAUGCUACCACGUCGUCGCAUGACGAUACUUACGGACAGCAAGUUACGUGAUAUUUCGCCCAGUAGCUCCAUUAAACUGCUCAAUAAUUUAACAGAUGACAACGAUGCCGAAGCUACGCAACGUCGUCUUAUUGCUGAAUUCGAAAAUGAACGCCGUCAAGCUUUGGUAAAACGCGACGAGAGCUAUGAGAUAACGGCAACCGAACAGCGAAGACGAGAUUCUAUCCAAAGCAGCAGCAACUCUAGCGGAGAAUCCAAACGCAGGCCCCCACAGUCUUUAACGCAAAAGGUCACGCAACAGGAAUCGAGGCGGAAUAGUGACAUAGAAGGUCCGAAGCGUACAGGAACACCGCCUAUGUUUAAGAAAUUGGAGCUUCCCCAGACAGAAACCAAUUCGACCCUAGACACGACAGACUCGUCCACACGACGCAGCUCGUUUGCAUUUAUAGAGUUACAGGACAACAAACCGGUCAUUGUGCCUAUGCCCAGAAAACUAAAGGUUCCAAAGGCUCAGCCACCGAAAUUCGUGCCCGAGGCAACGGCGAACGAAAAGCCUCUACCUGCUGUUUUUAAGGAUCGUCCUUGGCCCAAACCGCAAAUUGAUGGCAUAUGCGCUGACAGCGGAUUAGAAGAUGAGGAACAGUCGCACUUACAGCCAGCACUGCCAGAUUAUGCGCGGUCCGAUUCUCCACCUUUGCCGGUGUUCAAUAAUAGACAGUGGCCCGAUGGUAAGACCAAAUUCGAGAAGGAUCAGCGUGCAGAGUUCGAAGACACGUAUGAUCUUAAGAGUCCAUUGAUUGUACAAAAUCAAAGAGGCGAUGUUGCACGUAAGCCCCGCUCGCAAUCGCCAAAGACGGCGCAAACUCUUGAUCCGCUUAAGUUUAGCAGUCGCCAAACGUCAAAAUCUUACAGCGAUCUCAAAAAAGGCUUAUCGUUACAUUCGCUGCACUCGGCACACUCUAGUCUAGACACAGAUCCGCAGUCAACUGCAAUGGUUCCUCCACGUCCAAGUAGCUACAUUAAUUACGAAGAGUCGGUAGAUGCCAGCACCCGUGCUCUUUUAGAUCGUGGAAAGCGACUGCACAACCGAAAGCGCGAUUUUGUGAAUGAACGUGUCGUAGAACGAAAUCCCUACAUGCGUGAAGUUAUUCGGUCGGAACGCAAUGAGUAUGAGAGAGAAGAUGAUAGCGAUCUGACUAGUUACCGACCAAGACAUUACGCAAGCAACCUCAGCAGCGCAGCUAUCUCGCGGUUUCCUACUUCACGUGGCUCAGGACGUAGCAGUAACUACGAUUGUACCUUAAAUAGUGAUUACCUCAGUCGCAGACCCUACUCAACGUCGGCAACAACUACGUCCAACUACUACCCGAGCGUAACAGCAACCCGCCGUUCACAUAUCAGCGAUCUAUUCAAACGCCGUAGUCCCAGCUCUAUAUCCAGCUAUGAUCGCAGGGACUACAGUCUGCCAUCCACCAAAGAGUCGUGCGUACAAACCGAAUCCGAAAGCACGUCGCCAGAUGAAGUUGAACUCAAUUCUGCCACUGAAAUAUCUACCGACUCAGAAUUCGAUAACGAUGAGAUCAUCCGGCAGGCGCCCAAAAUUUUCAUCGAUGAUACGCAUCUAAAAAAGCCCACAAAAGUACAGAUAAAGUCCACUAUUAUAACACCAAAUGCACAAGGAGCGGGGAUUGCGCAUCAAAAACAAAUAGCAACACGAGAGAAAGGCGGAAGCUAUCUACAAAAAUACCAGCCCCAGCCGGCACUGCCGCAGUUUAAACCUUUAGUGCAAGUUGAUCCCACCCUUCUUAUAAGCAGCAAUCGUGUGCCGCUACAGAAUCCACGACCUGGAGACUAUUUGCUUAACAAAACUGCUAGCACAGAGGGAAUAGCCUCUAAAAAGAGCUUAGAGCUUAAGAAGCGUUAUUUAUUAGGAGAAUCUGCCAACGGCAAUAAAAUACAAAAGUCUGGCUCCACAUCGGUGCUAGAUUCCCGCAUACGGAGUUUCCAGUCCAAUAUCUCAGAGUGCCAGAAGCUACUUAAUCCUAGCAGCGACAUCAGCGCGGGUAUGAAGAGUUUCCUGGACCGCACUAAACUAGGCGAAAGUGCAAGGGACGAGUUAAUGCGGUCUGCUACCAGCAACGUGAUAAACGAUUUGCGCGUUGAACUCAAAAUACAGAAGGCCCCUUCUAGCACCUCUACGGACAAUGAAAAAGAGAAUGUGUUUGUCAAUAGUAAGAACGAGCUAAACAAGGGCAUGGAGUACUCCGAUGCAGUCAACGCCACAUUGCUAGAGCAGUUGGGCAAGAAGUCCUUACCCAAUACUCCAACCAAUAAUAAAACUCAUAUUGAAGUAAUCGAUCUUGUGACCCCGGAUAAGCCCGUUCCAAUUAUUGAUUUGACGAAGGUUGAGAUACCAACGAAAAUGGUAGAGUCCAACGUGGAGUUUAUCAAUAGCAUAAAAAUAUUGUCUCAAGAAGGCGACCCAGCUGCUGAUAGUAAUAAGAUUAUUGAUCUUACAGGCAAUACAGUUACCAAUCCAGAUACGGCUACCAAGCCGGAUGUCUCAAAAGAUGUGAAAGAAUGCAUACCCGAUAUAUUGGGGCAUAUCAAGGCAGACAAACAGGCCGACGGUAACGAAGAGGAGCAGGAGGGUCUACUGUGUAAUUCGGACGAAGAGAAACGUGACUCUCCAGAAAAAGCGGCCGAACAGUAUGAGCAUGACACAGUUCAGAUCGAAGUGCCUAACAUCCCCUGGAGUAAGUCAAAAUCACAGGUCAUCUCUACCACCACCAGCGGUUCCAGUUCAAGCUCGGGCAGUUCAAGCAUAGAGGACAUUCAGCAUUACAUAUUGGAUUCAACUACGAGCCCUGACACACAUACCACUGGCACCGCCACAGGUGGCAAGCACACUGUACCACGGCUUGAAGUGACCGAUAGCAGCGGCGCUCUCAUGCAGGUGGACAGCCUUAUGAUUGUAGAUGGGAAGUACAUUGGUGAUCCAGAAGAUGUUAAGUAUCUGGACAUGCCGUUGGGCGUAGUUGUACCACAAAUGUCCUUGUUGAAGAGCACUGAAGUAGAGGAGGUAGAGGAUCACGAUGCAGAUGUGGAGCCAAUUACUGCCACACCGGAACCAGCCGAACGAACUGUAAUAGAAGCGGAUAGACUUCCUCCACUGGCCGAUAUGGGACCAGCCAAAAUAAAACCGUCAAAUCUGAAGUUUGAUACUAAAAACGAGAAUAAAAUUGAAAGCCUUAAGAACCUGCCCUUGAUAGUGGAUAGCCACAAUGUGGAGCACACCAAAGCUGUGAAGCCCAUAACGUUAAAUUUGAGUGGGGUUCCCCGUACUCCAGAUACGCCAACUACGCCUGUGGCAAUCCAGCAACACGACAGUGAUAAGACACCAACCGCUGAAUUGCAGUCUCGCGGCUCCGACUCUGAGACAGAGCGAACUGGAACUGGACAGGUACUAACGGAAACAGAAUUGUCGGAUUGGACGGCCGACGACUGUAUCUCAGAGAAUUUUGUUGAUAUGGAAUUCGUGUUGAACUCGAACAAGGGUACUAUAAAGCGCAGAAAGGAGCGGAAGCGACUAGGCACCCCAAAAAUGCCUAGUAGUAGCGAGGUUAUAAACAAGAUGGUUCGCCAAGCACCCGUGGUUAAAAUGGAUGGCAUACUAAAGUCAAUAGACAUUGAUGACAUUGAGUUUAUGGACACGGGCUCCGAGGGAUCUUGCGCUGAAGCUUAUUCGGCUACGAACACUGCGUUACUGCACAAUCGCGGAUAUAUGGAGUACAUUGAGGCACCACCAAAACUAGGCCAAACUUCAGGAGGUCACAAUAGUGGCAUUGAAACAACGGGUGUGGUGUCUGACAAGUGCAAGCCGAUGCUCACGAAGCGCGAUGAAAAGUUGGGAAUAGACUACAUUGAACAGGGUGCUUAUAUUAUGCAUGACGAUGCCAAGACGCCUGUUAACGAGACUCCCCACCUGCACCCACUCACUGCCUCGGUGAUGACACAAUCCCUAACUGACUCAAGCACUCUGAAUGAUUUGGAUGAAGACAGCUUGGGCGUAGGCACGUCGCAUUCGCAAACAAUUACUAAAACUCAGCCCACGACUACAGAGGAGAGCGAGGCACUCACUGUCGUGACCAGUCCACUGGACACCUCGUCGCCACGAGUUUUGGAUCAAUUUGCCUCACUAAUUUCCGCAGGAAAAGGUUCGGAAACAGCAGGAUGCUCCACGCCGAGUAGUUCCGAAAAGCAGCCGAAGACUACGCAGUCAACAGCCACCACCAGCAGCGGGUCCAAUACCACCAGUUCCGUUCAAGGCUUAAAAGAUGUACCCGUACAAAACGUACAAGGCGAAGAUCUGCAAUUCCAAUUUGAGUAUGUGCGAGCGUUGCAGCAGCGGAUCUCACAAAUAAGCACCGCGCGGGACUCUUUGGACUCGCGUAAGCAGCGUCGGAAAAGCUCCAAGGGUGAGCCACCCAAUCUGCAACAACAAAAAACUGUGAUAGAAAGCACCCAGUCGGAUGCACAAAUUGAUAACACAACAACAGCUAUCACUCGGUCGAGGAGCAGCAGCACAUCGAACAAAGUACCUGAAAUACCCACGCUCACUAGCAAGCUGGAGGAGAUCACUAAAGAGCGUACCAAACAGAAAGAUCUAAUACACGAUCUGGUCAUGGACAAGUUGCAGUCAAAAAAACAGCUGAACGCCGAGAAGCGUUUACACCGCAGUCGCCAGCGUAGUCUGCUAACUAGCGGUUAUGCCAGCGGCUCCAGCCUGAGUCCCACACCCAAGUUGGCAGCAGCAACGACAACGCACGAUGCCAACUGCACAAGUCAGGCGCAUUAUCAUGAGUCCACGGCUGAGGUGCAUCCAACCAAUGUUCACAGUGUUGUGAGAACUGCAUCUCCAGACAAUUUUAAGGAACCAAAUUCAGUGCAGAAAUCGGCCACGUACGUAUCGCCCUACCGUACUGUACGUGGACCUACGCGUUCAGCUGACCUUUACAAACCGCGACCCUUCAGUGAACAUAUGGACGUUGAACAAAUAUGCGGACUUGAGCGCUACAAACUAAAUAAAACGCCAUCCUUCAGUCACGCUUCUGUUAGCAAAGCUAGCGAAUUUGCCACUCCCGUAGCUCCCGUGCGUCUUCAACGGGCAGGCAAUGAAAAAUUCCAAGUCCAGACGACUAUUUCUGCGUCAACGGAGAAUCUUCGCUCUGAGGCACGUGCACGAGCCCGCCUAAAAUCAAAUUCCGAACUGGGCCUAAGUCCCGAAGAGAAAAUGCAACUUCUCCGCAAGCGACUACAGUACGACCCCACAUCCAAUAUCAUCAAUGCCAAGCAACAGGUGCUGCCUGCAGAAGUCGAAGUAGAACCCAAUGACUUGGUAGUGCGUGUCCGGAAAAUGAGUGCUUCGAAAAGUGUCAACGAUCUGGCGUACAUGGCCAACCAGCAGCAUUUACAGCAGCAGGAAAACGAUGCGGUACUCAAGGCUAAAGCAGCUGAUUUCAUAUCAGAUCCCAAUCUGGUAGCCAGCUCUGAAGGAAAGGCAGCUAAGGCAAAGUCUGGUCGGCGGCAAAAGGAUCCAGAACGACGCAAGAGUCUCAUACAAUCAUUGUCCAGCUUUUUCCACAAAGGCAAUUCGGCAACCGCGACGCCAAGUCAUACUAACAACAAGGAACAGAGCAACGUUGCCGCUUCCAGCCACUCUGAGGCAGCAGAGCGUCCGGGCACAAGCAGCAGCGGCACGCCCACGGUCUCUCUUAACAGCGAUAGUGGCGGUGGCGGAGGCGUCUUUAGCCGCUUCCGCAUAUCCCCAAAGUCGAAAGAGAAGUCAAAGUCCUGCUUUGAUCUGAGGAGUUUCGGGUUCGGUGAAAAGGAAUGCCUGCCGUCUCAUACGCUCACAAACAAUACACCAAUGCCAACUACAGCAGCAAAAACAUCACAAACAAAACACUCGCAAGAUUAUUUAAACAAUACGAACAACAGUAGCUGCCAAAAGCAAACGAAUAACGGGCGCGCCGUAGCUGCCGCCAACGCUCAAGCGUUCUCAUCAUCCACCCCGCAGCUCUACAUACACAAGCCCCACUAUCUGGCCACUGCGAACGCCUUGGACGACCAAACACCUCCACCCAUACCGCCCUUGCCUCUGAAUUAUCAAAGAUCCGAUGAUGAGAGCUACGCUACCGAGACACGAGAGCAUAAGAAGCAACGUGCCAUAUCGAAAGCUUCACGACAAGCUGAGCUCAAGCGAUUGCGAAUCGCUCAAGAAAUACAGCGCGAACAGGAGGAGAUUGAAGUCCAGCUAAAAGAACUAGAGGCACGCGGAGUGCUUAUUGAGAAGGCCCUACGGGGUGAGGCGCAGAACUUUGAAAGCCUGGACAUGUCGAAGGACAAUGAUGAAAAGCUUCUAAAGGAAUUACUGGAGAUAUGGCGUAACAUCACAGCACUUAAAAAACGCGAUGAGGAACUAGGAAUAAGACAGCAGGAACUGCAAUUGGAAUAUCGGCAUGCACAGCUUAAGGAGGAACUCAACCUUCGCUUGUCCUCCAACAAACUGGACAAAAGUUCUGCGGAUGUGGCUGCCGAAGGUGCAAUACUCAACGAGAUGUUGGAAAUUGUGGCCAAGCGUGCUGCACUGCGUCCAACGGCUUCACAAUUGGAUUUAACAACUGCGGGAGUUGCGGGUGGAGCCUCUACCUCAACCGAAGCGGGCAUCACUCUAACGACACGUGAUCAACCGCACGGGCGUGAAGAAUCGAAUAUUUGAAUACCUACAUUUCCUUGGAGAGUACUUGCCCACGAAAUUUUUCAAGGAGUUUUAAGCCUAAAUACUUAAGAAAACGUACCAAAUAUAAAACUAGCAGUGGCUGAACGGAAACAAUAAUUAAACUAUUUAUAGUGCAUGAGCUACAAGAAAAACGAGCAUAAAGUAAACACUAUUCAGUGCGGGGAAAGUUAACGAGAUUUUUAAAAUUCUAAGUAUCCAAAACAAAUAUUUUGGAUAGCACAAAAUGGUGUGUUGCCCGCAGUAAGAAUCAAAAAAGGAAAUUGCAAUUUGUAAUCUUUUUCGAAAAGUAUACUACUAUGAUUAUGUUUAUACAAUGCAAUGAACUAUCUGAUCUUUUUAUGUUGAAUUUUGUUAUGUAAUUAAUGUACGGUGUAUUUGUAUGUGUGAAGUAUUUUUCUUUCUGAGCUAUUUUAAUUGGUAUACAAGAAUUUUUUUAAAUUGUGCGUGUAUAUUUGUGUUUUGUUUUGUUUUGUUUAGAUGCUUUCAAUAUGAGGUUUAUAUUGCUACGUUGUGUGUUGCGUUUCAGGGCUUUAAGUGAGAGCUCUUUGUAUGUUGUAUUUCAUUAUUUUUAUUUAUUUCUAUUUAUCAUUCAUUAGCAUACUUAUUCACCCGACUAAUACGAAAAUGAACACAAAGAUAUACACACAAAAUAUUUUAUAUGUACUUGCGAACAUAUAUGUAAUUCUUUAUAUAAAUUAAAGCAAACAAUACGCUACACUUAUUGUAUAGGCAUGAUUUAAACUAUUUUAUAAGUUAUUGAUAACAUGCUAAACGGGUCGGUCAACUCCUCAUAUCGGUGACAUAUUCAAUAAGUAUUGCAGUGUGAUUAUUUUUUGCCCAUAGGCGAAGGCAAAGUAGCUGGGGAUGCAACAGCCAGACAAAAAAAUAAAUGCAGUCUUAAGGAUUCAUUCAAUAUGAGACCAAUUAUUAUUUUAUACCGUUAUAAGGACUAGACCGAACCAAAUCUAUUGCAUAUAUAAAAAUAUUUAUCGAAUUUAUUAUGUACUUUUCUGAUUUAUUUAAAAGUGAAUAAAGAUUUUAUGAAAUUUAA